UUCUGAAUUUUAUUUCUAAUCACUCAGAUUUCAAUACAGACUUUUUUUUUUCUGAAGAAAAUCCAUAACCCCUUUUCUUUUUCUUUUUUUUUUGUUAAUCAAGAUUCAAUGGGAGCUUCAAUCAGUAGCAAAGAACAACCAGUAGUUCUAAUAACCGGAUGCAGUGAAGGUGGAAUUGGCAAUUGUUUAGCAAGAGCUUUUGCCAAUCAGAAUUGUAUUGUGAUUGCAACAAGUAGGUCUUUAUCUUCCAUGAGAGAUCUUCAAGGGGAGGAUCAAAAUAAGUUUUUUCUACAAGAAUUAGAUGUUGUUAAUGAAGAAAGCAUCAAUAAAGUUGUAAACUUUGCAAUUGAGAAAUUUGGUAGAAUUGACAUUCUUGUGAAUAAUGCUGGUAUUCACUGUGUUGGUCCUCUAGUUGAAAUCCCACUCUCUGCUAUUGAAAAUACCUUCAACACCAAUGUCUAUGGUCCCAUGAGGAUGGUUCAAGCUGUAGUACCGCACAUGAUACCUAGGAGAAAAGGGAAGAUAGUGAAUGUUGGAAGUGUGGCUGCUUUGGCUCCGGGACCAUGGGCUGGCGCUUACGCUGCCACAAAGUGUGCUAUACAUUCUCUUAGUGAUACUUUGAGAAUCGAACUGCGGGUGUUUGGGAUCAGUGUGACAACUGUGGUUCCUGGAGCUAUAAAAUCAAAUUUCGGAAAUGCUUCCGAGACAAGUUAUAACCAGCUGCCUGAAUGGAAAUUUUACAAAGCAUUCGCUGAUGCAAUUCGUUCAAGAACAACUUUGUCACAGGGUCCUAAGUCGACCCCAGGAGAAGAACUUGCAAAGAAGACUGUAGCUGCUGUGCUGAAGAAGAACCCGCCAGCAUGGUUUUCCUAUGGUCGUCUUUCAUUUGUAUCAGCUAUCUUAUAUCACUUGCCACUCUGUAUUAGAGAUUUCAUAUUAAGAAUGGCAAUGAAAGCUUGAAGUCCCCUGAAAACUCUCUUGCUUAAUUACUUACUCUCCUGUAUUUGUAAGGGUACAUUAUUCUUUUAGCAAAAAAAGUAAAAUAAAGUUAAUUUAUAUAUAUAUUUUAAUUUGAAUAGCA